AUGCCGCUAGUCACUUUUGUCGUGUUUGCCUUUGUCGCAUUAGUUCAGACAUUAGCUGUUUCGUCGACGGGCGAUGUUUGUCAAAUGCCCGAGGAUGGUGAUACUUGCCGGGAAAUGACCGGUUGGGACGGCAUCAAAGGAAAAGCCACAACCCCUGCCAAAGGCGAAAGUAUCAGACGUUACAAGCAUCCCGACCGAGGGUGCGACGGAAAUGGAUUUGAAGUCUACGGACAACGUUCCACUGCCAUAACACUUACCAUCACUGGGGUGGAUCCCCGACACAGGAGAAAUGGACGCGUUGGCUCGUCGGAACGUUGGAGCCAGGCGGAAUACAGCCGCCGCGAGCGUCAUAACUCCUGCUCAGAACCCGUCAGGAACACCUGCACUUUCUACGAAACCUGCCUCGAAGAAAGGGUCAGGUGCGGCCCCACGGGUUAUCCCGUCGCCUGCGGCCAGCACUACUGCCAAAAAUUCGCCACGGUGCGCGGCAAAUUCUCCGACAGGGGCCAGGUUUGGCUCACUGACACAAUGUACUGUCUCCAGAAAAAGCUCGUACCCUACGCCACAGGCCAAAAGAACGAAAGCUGCAGUGAGCUGAAGAAAUAUGCUUAUGCGACGCAUUCAAUUUGCUAUGUCGAAUGCGGAGUGUGCGCGCUCCCACCGUCGGAUUGGGUCGCCACCGUCGAUACCAUAGGCUUUAAGGAACUAUUUGGGAGUGUGGAUGCUCUCAUUUCGAUGCUAGAGACUGCUGAUGGAUGCAAGGACUUUUAUCUAUGGUUGAUCAAGAAAACUAUAAGGUGA